AUGGCCCCCAAAAAGAAGACUACCAAGAAGAACAAAGCAGAGAUCAAUGAGAUGACAAUCAUCGUAGAAGACAGCCCCCUAAACAAGUUGAAUGCUCUGCACGGGCUCCUAGAGGGAGGCAACAGCCUUAGCUGUGUUUCUUCUGAGCUAACAGACACUUCUUAUGGCCCCAACCUCCUGGAAGGUUUAAGUAAAAUGCGGCAAGAGAGCUUUCUGUGUGACUUAGUCAUUGGCACCAAAACCAAAUCCUUUGAUGUUCACAAAUCUGUGAUGGCUUCAUGCAGCGAAUACUUCUACAACAUCCUUAAAAAUGACCCAUCAACGAAAAGGGUGGACCUCAAUGAUAUCGCGCCCUUAGGUCUAGCCACUGUGAUCGCGUACGCUUACUCGGGAAAGCUGACGCUCUCUCUCUACACAAUAGGAAGCAUCAUUUCUGCUGCCGUGUACCUUCAGAUCCACACUCUCGUAAAGAUGUGCAGCGAUUUUCUGAUACGAGAGAUCAGCGUCGAGAACUGCAUGUAUGUUGUUAACAUUGCUGAAACAUACUGCUUGAAAAAUGCGAAAGCCACAGCCCAGAAAUUUAUCCGGGAUAACUUCAUAGAAUUUGCAGAAUCUGAACAAUUUAUGAAGCUUACCUUUGAGCAAAUAAACGAGCUUCUCAUAGAUGACGACUUGCAAUUGCCUUCUGAGCUAGUAGCAUUCCAGAUUGCAAUGAAAUGGUUAGAAUUCGACCAAAAGAGAGUGAAGCACGCUGCAGAUCUUUUAAGCAACAUUCGCUUUGGUACCAUCUCUGCACAAGACCUGGUCAAUUAUGUUCAGACUGUACCAAGGAUGAUGCAAGACGCUGAUUGCCAUAAACUGCUGGUGGAUGCUAUGAACUAUCAUUUACUACCUUACCAUCAGAACACACUGCAAUCUAGGCGAACGAGAAUUAGAGGUGGCUGCCGAGUCCUUAUCACUGUUGGGGGAAGGCCUGGUCUGACCGAGAAGUCCCUCAGUAGAGACAUUUUAUAUAGAGACCCUGAAAAUGGAUGGAGCAAGCUCACGGAAAUGCCAGCCAAGAGUUUCAAUCAGUGCGUGGCCGUGAUGGACGGAUUCCUUUAUGUUGCCGGUGGCGAGGACCAGAAUGAUGCAAGAAACCAAGCUAAGCACGCUGUCAGCAAUUUCUGCAGGUACGAUCCCCGCUUCAACACCUGGAUCCACCUGGGCAGCAUGAACCAGAAGCGCACGCACUUCAGCCUGAGCGUGUUCAACGGGCUCCUGUACGCGGCGGGGGGCCGCAACGCGGAGGGCAGCCUGGCCUCGCUGGAGUGCUACGUGCCCUCCAGCAACCAGUGGCAGCCCAAGGCGCCGCUGGAGGUGGCCCGCUGCUGCCACGCCAGCGCGGUGGCCGACGGCCGCGUGGUGGUGACGGGCGGCUACAUCGGCGGCGCGUACUCGCGCUCCGCGUGCGCCUACGACCCCGCGCACGACGCCUGGCAAGAGCUGCCCGCGCUGAGCACGCCCCGGGGCUGGCACUGCGCCGUGGCCCUGGGCGACAGGGUGUACGUGAUGGGGGGCAGCCAGCUGGGGCCCCGCGGGGAGCGCGUGGACGUGCUCACGGUGGAGAGCCUCGGCCCCGCGGCGCGCCAGUGGAGCUUCGCGGCGCCCCUGCCGGUGGGCGUGAGCACGGCGGGCGUCUCGUCUCUCAACGGCCGCGCCUACCUGGUGGGCGGCUGGAACGAGGGCGAGAAGAAGUACAAGAAGUGCAUCCAGUGCUUCAACCCCGAGCUCAACGAGUGGACGGAGGACGACGAGCUGCCGGAGGCCACCGUGGGCGUGUCCUGCUGCACGCUGGCCAUGCCCAACAGCGUGUCCCGAGAGUCGCGGGCCAGCUCGGUGUCCUCCGUGCCGGUCAGCAUCUGAACGCGUUGCUUCCCCGAGGCCCUGUGGUCAGACUGUGAGUGGACCACAAGGAGAAACUAGGCACCGGUUACUACAGUGAUGGUGAUUCAGAUUCUUAGUUGGGCAGCAUCUACCUCAGUCUUUCCCCGGCCUCCCGGCCUCCCACCCACGAAACACAGAGCUGUAGCCAACACAGGAAGCUAUUUCGUUCAGCAGCCACUGGGUGGCAAGCGGAGUUUGUUGCGGGCGCUC